UCACACUGUGUUAUGGAAGACUUCCUGCCUGGUUCCUGUCUCUAAGACCAGGAACCCCAGGGAGCCUAACCACUUCAGACCUGUGGCCCUCACUUCUCACCUGAUGAAGACCAUGGAGAGGAUCGUCCUCAGGAACCUCCGUCCCCAGGUGAGCCCACAUCUGGAUCCACUGCAGUUCGCCUACCAACCGAACAUUGGAGUGGAUGAUGCAGUGGUCUACCUGCUGCACAGAUCACUGACUCAUCUAGAGAACACCAGCAGCAUUGUGAGGGUCAUGUUCUUUGACUUGUCCAGUGCUUUCAACACAAUCCAGCCUUCUCUGCUCAGGGUGAAGCUUGAAGGAGCAGGAGUAGACUGUCACCUGGCUGCUUGGACCAUCGACUACCUCACCAACAGACCACAGUACGUGAGGCUUCAGGACUGUGUGUCUGAUGUGGUAGUCAGCAGCAUGGAGGUCCACAGGGGAAAGUCCUCUCCUCCUUUUUCUUCACCCUGGACACAUCGGACUUCGAUUAUACCUCUGGGAGCUGUCACCUCCAGAAGUUCUCCGAUGAUACAGCCAUUGUUAGGUUUGUAUCUGAGGGGGAUGAGAGGAAGUACAGGACGGUCAUCUCUGACUUUGUUGACUGGUGUGAGCAAAACCAUCUGCAGCUCAACGCCAGUAAGACGAAGGAGAUGAUCAUCAACUUCCGCAGGAGGAGGACACCCCAGACUGCACCGGUGAACAUCCAGGGUUUGGACAUUGAGAUGGUGAACUCAUACAAAUACCUGGGUGUUCACCUCAACAACAAACUGGACUGGACACAUAACACAGAGGUCCUGUACAAGAAGUGGUCUCCACCUGCUGAGGAGACUGAGGUCCUUUGGAGUGUGCAGGACUCUGCUCCAGACAUUCUAUGACUCUGUGGUAGCGUCUGCUAUCUUCUAUGCAGUGGUCUGCUGGGGAGCAGGGAGCACUGAAAGGGACAGAAAGAGACUAAACAGAAGGUCAGGAGGAGGUUCUGUCCUGGACUGUUCCCUGGACUCCAUAGAGGAGGUGGGUGAGAGGAGGAUGUUGGCAAAGCUCACAUCCAUCAUGGACAAUCCCUCUCACCCACUGCAUGACACUGUGGGGUCUUUAAGCAGCUCCUUCAGCAGCAGACUGAGACAUCCACCCUGCAAAAAGGAACGCUAUCACAGGUCCUUCAUUCCAUCUGUUGUAAGACUGAACAACAUCAGCAUCACUGGCUGAUGUUAACAUAAACUGGACUUACAUCAUAUCAUCUUAAAUCAUGAACAUGAGCGCCCUCUGCUGGACUCCACUCCAGGAUCUGUGCUGUCUGGAUGUAAAUCAGCUGAAGAAAUCCAUCCAUUCAUUUCCUUCCGCUUCUUCCGCUUCCCCAGCCCCGGAUAAGCUGAAAAAAGUCAUUUAAUUUCAAGGUUGUAUUACUUUCACUUUUCUUUGUACAUAUUGAACUUUACUGUAUUCCAAACAUACACUGUAAAAUAUGAAAGCUUCAAAGGACUUUUUUGUUGAAUGAUUGACUGACUAUAUUCAAAUCAGGAAAAAAUAAUCAUUAUUUUACAGAUAUUUGCAGUUCUCUGUAUCUCACACUAACUAGUACAUAAUGUCUACAUCAAAAUCUGUGUUUUUUAAAGAAGUUAUUUGUUCUUUUACAACACGUGACCAUAACUUACACAGUUUUACUAUAUUUACAUCAGCAAAACAAAAAAUGUAAAAUAUUUGACUGAUAUUUGCAGUUUUUUAACAUUACACCAUGUUUUUUUUUACCAUAUUUAUGUAUUUCAAUUGAUCUAUUUCUAAUCAAAUAAUUAUUCCUCAAACCUCUUUAAACUGAUGGUUUUAAAAUUAACAAUUAGAACAUGUUUUAAAGACAAACGUCUACAAGUAAUUGUGAUGAAAUGCUCCAAAACGUACGUAUCGGUUAUGUUCCACAUAUUUCACUUUUAAUUUGAGAAUAUUUUAACCCAUUAAAUUUCACAUGUGCUGAAGCACUUGUACCUGUGACCACAUGUGUUUCUGCACUUUUAAAAUUCAUGUAAUUAUUUUUUUGUGAGGAAAACCAAUCCAUGAAAAUAAUAUUUCAAUCUUAAAGGGCUGUUUUAUUACCUCUCAGCCAGUCUUAAGUCUUUCCUAUUAGUACUUACAUCUAUCUAUCUAUCUAUCUAUCGAUUGAUCGAUCGAUAGAUAGAUAUAAUACAGUUGUAGAUAUUUGUGUCACCUGAAGUUCUGUGUACAGUAUGAUAUAUUUAUAAACUUGCACUCAUAUACAUUUAAAUAUAUUUAAAUUUUCCUUGCAUUCAAACACAAAAAACACGGUCGAUUUAACUGACAUAUAUUGAUUUAUUGAUUUACAUGUUCAACAAACAAACAGGUCAAAACGGUACAUGUUCACAUUUUUAAAAGUAUUUUUAGAACUAUUCAUUCAUUCUUUUUUACUGUAUUUUAAUUAGUUCACGUAUCUGCCCCUUCUAACAACUCUUGUAGUAUCUGACUGUUUUUAAAUGUUUUGUUUUCCAGCCAGAUCGUCACUUUGAACCGAACACACAACUUUGUUCUUAUAAAAAACUAAACAUAAAAUCGUGUAAAGUGACAUUUUUCCCCCACAAAUCUCAGCUCACAUGUUGUUUUGAUCCACACUCACUGAUGCUUUAUUUGACCUCCGUCUCGUCAGGUUGACAGAAAUGUUGGACACAGAAAUGAUUCUUGUUUGGAGCUGAUCUGCAGCUGAUGGAGCAGACUGGUUGAGUCCAUCUUAUGGUGAUAUUCAGGGAGUCUGAGGCGGAUCAGACUCAUCUGGACCGGACCUUCAGCUGUGAGGAUCUCAGAGUUCCGUUAGUUGGAGUGAACCAGCAGCUGAUGGACCACGUUGGAUCCAUCAGAGGAGUUCUUCUGUUUCCAGCUUCCUAUUAAAGCUGCAGAGCGGAGCCGCCGGCGCAUAGCAACGGCUCCUGGGAUGCGCGCGCCGCUUGUGGGCGGGGCCAAUGGAACGCCGUGCACCUUUGCCUUCAUCAUUGUGACGUGACGUGACGCUCACGUCACUGUCGACGGAUUCCAGUUCUUAAAUAGGGCUGCAGCAGCCAGUUUCCACAGUUCAUCUGCAGACAGACGGCGAGAGGAAAGCGACCCAGUUCACAAAAGUCUCCAAGAGAAGCACAAACAGCAGCUAUGGAAACCAGAAGAUGCUUCCAGAAAGCACCGAUCAGCGAGGGCACUGUUCGUCCAAACUGUUCAGCCACAGACCCUCAGGACGUGAUGAACGUCCAAACUCAGACUUCCAGCUUGAAGGACACGCUCAGAAUUUCUCUGAGUGUUGAACUCAAAGCUGAAGAAAAGUCCAAAUUUAGUGUCGACCUUCAGGAGGUGGAAUCAUUCCACAAUGAAGGAGACAUAGAACUUCUGGAUGUGGAAUCAGUCCACAGUGACGAAGACAUGGACCCUCAGGAGGUGAAAUCAGUCCACACUCUGAAGGAUGAAAAAGAAGAAGAAGACGGGGAUCUUCAGGAGGUGGAAAGAAUCUACACUCCCAUAUAUAUAAUGAGUGAGACACUCGACAGCGUCCAGAAGGAUGAAAAAACCCCAAAAAGUCAGAAGUCAAGAGAAAAGUUUAAACUUCGUGUCGACGUAGUUGUCGAUUCGCUGCUUCUUUACAUCUUCAAAGAAGCUAGAUACGGCAGAGAAUCAGAACACUUUGACACUGUGUCUGAGCGGCUCUUCAAGAGAGUCUGGGCUGAAGUCCAGGAUGAAGACUAUGAUCUGUCCAAACGCAACUUUAAAAAACUCAACAAGGGCAUUUACAAGAAGAUCUGCAAAAGGUUGCAAACCAAAGAUCCAAAGCUUCUUGUGAACCUCUUGUUGUGGGACUGCGCGGAUGACACAGUCGACUCCAUUAUCAAGGAAGCCCUGAUGAACCCACCAAAGAAGUCUUCCAUAAGAUCCAGAAUGACUGGAAUCUUCAAGAGAUUCUCUGGUACUUCCUGAGUCCACACUCUGAAGGAUGAAAAAAGACGAAGAGGCCCUGAUGAGCCCACCAAAAUAUCCAUGUUAUCUGGUACCUUCAGAUAACUCCUGCACAGGGAGAACAUGCAAGCUGCAUGCAGGGGGAUCCUGGGAAUUAUUAUUCAUAUUAUUAUUUUUAUAUAAUAAGUAUUAUUAUUUUUGUAUAAUAAGUAUUGUUAUUUUUAUAUAAGAAGUAUUAUUUUUAAUAGAUAAUUAUAAUAAUGCUUCUAACAGCAAAACAGGAUAAAAUCAUAUUUUUAUACAUACAUAUUGAACAUCUGUUCAACAAAAAAUAAUAUUACAAGAAACUUAUAAAUAUUCAAAUAAAGAUGAAAAAAACUUCA